AUGUAUAUAUGGACGAUUCAACUAUCAUUUAAUAUUGAAGAUACAGCUUGUGAACUUAUAAGACUUCUAGAAAAAGCAUCUAAAUUUCGAAAAGAAUGGCAACAAUCAUCUGUUUUAAAACAAAUGAUAAUGAGAUAUUAUCGUUUUAUGCAAUUAAAAGCAUCUCAUUCAGAUAAUCUUCUAUUAAUUCCUACUUUAGAUAUUGAAAUUGUUUGGCAAACUCAUUUACUUCGACCUGAAAUAUAUAAAGCUGAUUGUAUUCGUUUAUUUCGUCGAGUUAUUAAUCAUAAAUUAUUGAAUAAUGAUAUGGAAGAAUUUUUUAAAGAACAAGCAUUUCAAGAUACUUGUCAAUUAUAUGAACAAACAUUUGACGAGAAAUAUUGUCCAUUAUUAUCAACUGAUAAAAUGAAUCAUGUUGCAUCGAAUAUUUUUGAUUAUAGUUCUAAUUCAUAUGGUCGUAAAAAAACAUAUUACUCUUAUUGGGAUAAAACUUAUUUCGAGUAUUCAUUAAAAUCAUCUAAAGAUUUUGAAAAUCCUUUUUCAUUUACAGAAGGUGACAUCAAUUCGGAUAUGAAUUGGCUUGAUGAAUGUAAGAAUUUUAUAGCAGAUUCACAAAAAAAACUUUCUACUUCAAAUUAUUAUUCAUAUGGACUGACAAAAAUCAAUCUUGAAACAACAGCAAUGAAUGGAUUAAAAAAGUCGUAUGAAAAAUUUUUGUAUAUGGCAGCUAAAUAUCCACUCAAAGAUGGAAAUGGCUGUAUUCCUUCAACAUAUGCGAUUGACAUAAUAUGGCGUGCACAUAUGCAAGAACCAUUGAAUUAUGUCGCUGAUUGUCUUCGUCUUGUUGGUUAUGUUAUUUUACAUGAUCCAUGGCCUAUAGUUAAAGAUAAUAAUAUGAGGAAUUCAUGUGAUAGAAUAGAUCAGAUCUGGAAAGAAGAAUUUGGUAGUGAUAAAGCAACAGAUCAUCUCUAUGAUACGUAUAUAAGGAUUUUGUAA